UGUUUACAGCAGACAACCAGUGCGCCCGCCCAGCAGACAACCCUAAGAGACAUUAGGCAGCGGAUCAGAAACAUAUACCCGAGAUGGUUUCUCUGUCAGCACAGCUCGCCCGCUCAAGAACGUCCGUUUAGUCAUGGCCGCCACAGACUUUGCGCCUCUGGUGAAUAGGGUGGUGGACGACCACGCCGAAGAGCUCUGGGAGCUGAGUCGCUUCCUGUUCGAGAACCCCGAGUUGGCUCUGAAGGAAGUCAAAGCCCACGACAAACUCUGCGAAUUCCUGGAAGGGAAAGGCUUUGUCGUGCAGCGAGAGUACUGCUUGAAGACAGCCUUCAGGGCGGAAUUUGACGCUCCAGCGGGAUGUGAUGGGCCGUGCGUGGCGUUGCUCUGUGAAUUCGACGCCCUCCCAGACAUCGGUCACGGCUGCGGGCACAACCUGAUUGCCGAAGCAUCGGUGGGCGCCGCUCUCGCUGUGCAGGAGGCGAUGAAGUCAUCCAAGGAUAUACGUGGCAAGCUGGUGGUUCUUGGCACGCCAGCCGAGGAGUCCGCCUGUGGCAAGGAGCUGCUCAUCCGCCAGGGGGCGCUCGACGGCAUCGAAGUGGCGAUCAUGUCGCACCCGACUCCCGCCGAUAUCGUGGCGCCUUUGUAUUCAGCGUUGCAGGAGCUCGUGGUGCGAUUCAAAGGCAAGUCUGCUCAUGCUGCUGCUUACCCUUGGGAAGGCGUGAAUGCCCUCGAUGCUGCCAUUGCUUCCUUCGUCAACAUUGGCCUCCUCCGCCAACAGUGCAAGCCAUCUUCCUGGAUUCACGGUAUUAUCACGGAAGGUGGCAAGUAUGCCAACGUCAUCCCGGAGGAAACGGAGCUCCGCUUCUGCGUGCGCUCCGACUCCACCGCGGAACUGAUAUUGCUUCGGGACCGAGUCGAGGCCUGCUUCAAGGGCGCAGCCGAGGCCACAGGCUGCGAGGUAAGCAUCCACAGGCCGCCUACUUACAUGGACGUCAUCCAGAACGCCACCAUCGCUGCCUCGUACCGGAAGCACGGCCACUCUCUCGGGCUGACCUUCAUCGACGACUACGUGAAAAAGCUACCGGUCAGCGGAGCGUCUACGGACUGUGGCAAUGUGUCCCAUCGCGUGCCCACCUUGCACGCCGUGUACAGCGUCGGGUCGAAGGAGAAGGUGCGGGGACCGGCCAACCACACUCACCAGUUCGCAACCCUGGCAGGCUCCGAGGAGGCCCAGUCACCGACUCUCAGAACGGCCAAAGUGCUGGCACUAACCGUGCUCGACCUGCUGACGGACGCAGAGCUGAUGCGCAAAGCGCACGCAGAGUUCGCUGCUCUGCAGCUCCAGUCAGACGCGGAGCUGCAAGCAAUGACGCAGUGA